UUGCGCGCUCUCCAGUGGCAGUCGCAGGAACCACUGGGAGCGGCCAGCGCCGCCACAUUCCUGGGGCGUUUGAACCACGGCCGGUCUGUCUGGUCCAAGGCGCGAGGCCACGCCGCACGAGGGGCAGCAGGGGGCUCAAGGUUGUCGAGUGCGGGAGGGAGAGAGACAGCCGCGCGGCGGGUGGCGGUGCUCCCGGCAUCGAGAGAGAGGGUGCGAGGCUCGGCGACCGGUGAGCGGGCGGGAGGUGAGACCCGGCCGUACCUAGAGCGUUGCCGCUCGUGGCCGGCCGACUCCCGCGGGGCAGUGUGCUGCUCUGAGCACGGCGUGUGCCGUCGAGGUGCGCCGGGCUCCGGUGUUUCGUGUGACGUGAAGGGCGAGCGAAGGAAAUGGCCCGGUUCGAAUCCACCGGGCGGCCUCUCCCGAGGAUCUGAGACCUAUAUUUGCAUUAAUAAGCUAAAAAAUAAAAAUAAAAUGUGA